GUCUGCGGCUAAAGUAGCACCAGUGGAUUAGAAUGAUUAGCCUAGCAUGGCGGCGGGCCGCGUCCACAGUUAGCCGUGGGGAGCUCUCCCGUGUCUUAACCGCCGCUGACAGUCCACGGCCCCACGGACGGCUGUGCGCUGGGUGUUUCAGAGCCACUCCACACUCACUCAGAGACACAACACCGCCUCUCCUCCUCCCCCGUCCGGCCUUCCCCGUCAGUUUGCCCGUUUCCAUGAUCAUGGCGUCAGGGGGUGAAAGGUCGUCAUGUACCUCUGACAAACACACCAACAGACUGUCCAAUGAGAGGUCUCCUUAUCUACUACAACAUGCUCACAACCCAGUUGACUGGUAUCCAUGGGGACAAGAGGCUUUUGACAAAGCAAAAAAUGAGGAUAAGCCAAUUUUUUUGUCAGUGGGUUACUCCACAUGCCACUGGUGCCAUGUCAUGGAGCGGGAGUCUUUCGAGGAUGAGGAAAUCGGUAAAAUCCUCAGUGACAACUUCGUCUGCAUCAAAGUUGACAGAGAGGAGAGACCAGAUGUGGACAAAGUCUACAUGACAUUUGUUCAGGCCACCAGUGGCGGCGGAGGAUGGCCCAUGAGUGUGUGGUUGACCCCUGACCUUAAGCCGUUCAUCGGAGGUACCUACUUCCCUCCCAGAGACCACGGAAGAAGACCUGGACUUAAAACAGUCCUCAUGCGAAUUAUAGAGCAGUGGCAGAAUAACCGUCCUGCACUGGAGUCCAGUGGAGACAGGAUCCUUGAAGCUCUAAAAAAGGGAACAGCCAUUUCUGCAAACCCAGGUGACAGUCCUCCGCUGGCCCCUGAUGUCGCCAACCGCUGCUUCCAGCAACUGGCCCAUUCCUAUGAAGAGGAGUAUGGAGGCUUCAGAGACGCUCCGAAGUUCCCGUCACCAGUGAAUCUGAUGUUCCUCAUGUCCUACUGGUGUGUGAAUCGUUCCACUUCAGAGGGGGUGGAGGCUCUUCAGAUGGCCCUGCACACACUGCGAAUGAUGGCGCUGGGAGGCAUCCGUGACCAUGUGGCCCAGGGUUUUCAUCGUUACUCUACAGAUUCCUCCUGGCAUGUUCCCCACUUUGAGAAGAUGCUGUACGACCAGGCUCAGCUGGCAGUGGCCUACAUAACUGCCUCUCAGGUAUCAGGUGAGCAGUUUUUUGCAGAUGUUGCUAAGGACAUACUUCUCUACGUCUCCAGAGACCUGAGUGACAAGUCUGGUGGAUUCUACAGUGCAGAGGAUGCAGACUCAGUUCCAGCUUCAGGGGGAUCAGAAAAAAGAGAAGGGGCCUUCUGCAUCUGGACGGCCUCGGAGGUUCGGGAGUUACUGUCAGAAGCGGUCGAAGGUGCCACAGGACCGGCCACAAAGGCAGACAUCUUCAUGCACCACUACGGGGUCAGAGAGCAAGGAAAUGUGUCCCCAGAGCAGGACCCCCAUGGGGAGCUGCAGGGCCAGAAUGUGCUGAUUGUGCGCUACUCAGUGGAGUUAACGGCUGCUCACUUUGGCAUCAGUGUUGAGAAAGUCAAUGAGCUCCUGGCCUCAGCCAGAGCCCAAAUGGCAGAGGUGAGAAAGAGUCGGCCACGCCCACAUCUGGACACCAAGAUGCUGGCCUCCUGGAACGGGUUGAUGCUGUCGGCCUACGCUCGUGUCGGCGCUGCGCUGGGGGGGGACAAGGCUUUGCUGGAGAGGGCGGUGCAGGCUGGAAACUUCCUGAAAGAACACCUGUGGGAUGCUGCAACACAGACCAUCCUCAGGUCCUGUUACCGUGGAGACCAGAUGGAGGUGCAACACAUAUCUCCACCUAUCUCUGGCUUCCUGGACGACUACACAUUCAUCAUUGGUGGUUUGCUAGAUCUGUAUGAGGCCACACUGCAGAUAGAGUGGCUGCAAUGGGCCGAGGAGCUGCAGCUCCGGCAGGAUGUGCUGUUCUGGGAUGAGGAGGGUGGAGGAUACUUCUGCAGUGAUCCCAGCGAUGGCACCGUCCUCCUGCAGCUAAAAGAGGAUCAGGACGGAGCCGAGCCCAGUGCAAACUCAGUGUCGGCAUCCAACCUCCUGCGUCUGUCCCACUACACUGGACGACAGGACUGGGUCCACAGGUCCCAGCAGCUGCUGGCGGCCUUCUCCGACCGUCUGACCAGGGUCCCCAUAGCGCUGCCUGAAAUGGUCCGGGCCCUGAUGGCUCAUCACUAUACACUGAAACAGAUUGUGAUCUGUGGACAGAGAGAUGCUCCUGACACCUCCAGUCUGUUAGCGGUGGUCAACUCCCUCUUCCUGCCACAUAAGGUCUUGAUGCUUCUCGACAGCAGCGACGCAGACUCGUUCCUGUGCCAGCGUCUGCCCGCCCUCGCCUCCAUGUUCAGGAGUGACGGCGGCGGAGGGGGCGUGGCCACGGCCUACGUCUGCUCAGGCUUCAGCUGCUCGCUGCCCGUCACCGACGCCCUGGAGCUGCGCAGGAUGUUACUGGACGGGAUGGAUGAGACAGACGUGCAAUGAAACCUCCACAUCAGCAACAGAUGCCAGUUCAUGUCAACUGGACACUGUAAAAAACAUGCUUUACUGCAAAACCAAACGCGUCUGUUAGAAUGAGCUUUAAAAGUGAAUCAAAUGUACCAAGAAUGUGGGAUUUAUUCACAUUCAUAGAACUUUACCAAGUCUUUUAUGUUUUCACUGAAUCUGUCAUUUAGUUCAAAAAGAAAUAA